GUUUAUCAGAUUCUCCAGGAGCAGAUGAACCAGUCUGUUCACAUAGCAUCAUUAACAUUUUUCUUGUCUGUAAAUACUUGUCAUCUGGAUCUUCCGGGCUCAGUUGAGAAACACACCGCAGUGAAGGAGAGCAGCGUUACAUCAGUGUCUGAUCCUUCCUUGUUUUGUCCUGGCACUUGACCAUCAUGUCUUACGCCGGGUCUUACUUGGCCAAAUCCUACGCGGAUAAAGCCUACGCGGAUAAAGCCUACGGGGACACUGUGUACACGGGAUACCCAGAUGAGAAGUCGGCGAAAGAGAUGUACGAUGAGCAGGUGAAGCACGAGAAGAGAAAGAGACGGGAAUCCAUGUGCUGCGAGGUGGUUGCUCUGGUCAUCGGCUUCGUCGGAUUGAUCGGGGUUGCCUCCGUCACAGGCCUCCCGAUGUGGAAGGUCACGGCGUUCAUCCAGGAGAACAUCAUCGUGAUGGAGACGCGCUGGGAGGGACUGUGGAUGAACUGCUACCGGCAAGCCAACAUCAGAAUGCAAUGCAAAGUCUAUGAUUCCCUGCUGUUCCUCCCGGCAGACCUCCAGGCUGCCAGGGGUCUCAUGUGCGCCUCCGUCGCUUUGAGCACCUUCGCCUGCAUCGUGUCGGCCGUAGGGAUGCGCUGCACCCGUCUGGUAGACUCCCGUCCCAAAACCAAGCACAUUGUUUUGGUGAGCGGAGGGUGUUUGUUUUUGGCUGGCUGCUUGACCACCAUUAUUCCCGUGUCGUGGACGGCUCAUGUGAUCAUCCAGGACUUCUACAACCCGUUGUUGAUCGACGCCCAACGGAGAGAGCUUGGAGAGGCUUUGUACAUCGGAUGGGUCACUUCAGCUUUGCUUUUCAGCGCUGGGGUGAUUCUGCUCUGUCGACACGCACCACGAACCCAGGAUAAGAUGGACAUGGCGUCUGUUAUGUAUCGGGCCGGAUCGGCUCCGUAUAACUACUCCUACAGACCUGGAUAUGGAUACCAGCCUGCGUACGGAUACCAGCCCGGGUACAACUAUCAACCGGCCUAUUCUCCUGUCCCAACUGUGUAUAACCCUCCAAGAUACUGAGACACACAGUGAGUGCUGUGCUUCAACACUAAAAUCUUCUAUAGAGACUCCGAAAAGGAAGUUGAGUUGGGAACGAUCUGCAUUGAGAGAAGAAAGCAGGACUGAUGGAGCCUCAUUUGAUUAAUUGUGACUGUAUAUGUGAAUAUUAAUUUUACAUUCUUGAUUUGAAUGCAUUUCCUUCUUGUCUAAAAGACUGUUUGUAAUUUGCACAGAAAUGAUAUGCAAUAUGUGCUCAAAUUAAGAACACCAACAUGUGGAACUUAAUGUUGACUCUGUCAUAUGAUUGUGUUUGUUUUCCGCUUUGUUUUUCCAUUUUUUAAAGCACUAGUUUGAUUUUAAUUGUAUUAAAUAAAUGUGUGAAAAGAA